AUGGCUCUAUACCAACACAAAGAAAAUGUAUUUGACAAAUUUAAAAUAAAUAACAAGCAAAUAAACGGACCAAAAACAACGAGAAUUAGAAGAUCAGAAGUAAUCAAAAACACUAAGGAAAUUACAUCCAACGCUACACACUCUUUCAUAUACCAAACGUCUAAAACCUUACGUGAUAGGCUUGUCAAUCCUCGUUUGCCUGAUUUUAUAAAACCAAAAAAAUACAAUAUUGAAGUAACAUUAGAGACAGGACUGGAUAUCUUCUAUGGAGAAUGUCGUAUUAUGAUUAUGAUUCUUAAGGCUACACAAAAUAUAAACCUGCACUCAGCAAAUUUGGAAAUAAUUGAAGUCAUAUUUACAGGAAAGACUGAUAGUUAUUUAAUAGUGGGUAAAGCACGUGAUAUUUCGUAUAUACACGAACAGCAAAUUGUCGUCUUAGAUUUCCCUGAAGUUCUACGUCCUGGUAAUUAUACUUUGAGCAUAACUUAUAAAGGUGUUAUUGCUAAUGAUGGAGGUUUUGUCAAGGUCACAUAUAUAAAUAAGAUAGGAGAAAAAAAAUGGCUGAUCGUAACAAAUAACUCAGCGAUAGGAAUGCGACGACUCUUUCCAUGUUGGGACGAACCCGGAUUAAAAGCUGAAUUUUUCAUUGUUGUAAAUGUUCCUGAAUCUUACAAUGUUUAUUCAAAUUCUGUUCCUUUUACAUCUAUGUCAAAAUCGCCUUUGACGACACACUAUAUCAUAACUUCUGAAAUACCUACGUACCGAAUAGGAAUUGUGAUAUUUGAUAAGCAUGAUUAUACUAAUAUUACUCCCAUACAAAACCUCAAAUUAUGGAGAAGAGAGUUGAUGGAAGUACAAUGGGAUCAAAUUUUGAGAUUAAUUGAAGAUGUCACACGUACUGUUGAAUAUACAUGGCAACUACAGGAAGGAUAUUUAUUAAGAAAUCAAUUUGCGAUCGCAGGUUUGACAGAUGAUGGCGUGGAUAAAUUGGCGUUCGUACUUUACAGAGAAGAAGAUAUUAUUUACAAUGAAAAAAUAGAUCCCAUUGCACGCAAAAUAGA